AUGUCCGGUCGUGCAGGUUCGUGCUUACCCCCACCCCUUGUGACCCUAGGAGGAGAGAAUAGCUAACGAAUCGGCGGCGGCGCGUGGGCGUCAUGAUAAAGGUGGUAAACAAAAACCCUUGAAGCAACCAAAGAAGGUGAAGAAGGAUGAGGAUGAGGAGGAUAAGGUUUUUCUUCCCCUCCCCACCUCCUUCUCCCAAGAUCGGAUGAUCGAGCGGAUCGGGCUAAUUCGGUGGUGGCGAUAGGCUUUCAAGGAGAAGCAAAAGAAAGGUUCGUCCUAUGCUGUGCCGUAGCUUCCGGAGGGGUUGGGUGAUGGGAUGAGCUAAUGACUCUUUGUGCAGCGGCUGCUGAGGAGAAGGCCAUGGCGGAGAAGGCUCGGGGGAGGGGUCCUCUGGUACGUUUCCUGCUCCAGUUGGCGGCUGGCAGAUGUAUGGCUGACGAGCUGCGGCAUGAUACAGGCCACCGGAGGUAUCAAGAAGUCUGGGAAGAAAUAG